AUGCCGGGUAUCUUCGAUGGUCCUGUGAAUGGGACUCCGCGCUAUCCGGCCGAGGGACUAUGGCACUUGGGCAGCUGUGACGGCAGGAUUUCCGGCUACAUAUUAUAUAUGGGUUACGGAAGGUCUAUAUCUUCGGUGCAAGUCUUGGUGCUAUAG